AUGCCUUUGAUAGUGUUAGAGAAGUCUGUCAAAGUGCCAGGUGUUAGGCGCAGUCGUCAUAUUUCCCUUGUAACUUCAAAUCUGGUCUGGAUCAGUGACAAUGGUUACAAUCUCAUCUUGACAAACACAGAAGGUGUUAAACUAUAUCAUCUGACUGAUAUAGAUAGUGGUUCUACUGGAGUACAUACAGUGACAAGUGACGGUGAUUUAAUUUAUAUAGACAAUGGGUUAAACAUCAACAAACUGUCUGCAGAGAAAAAAGUAAAAACUACAUUAAUAAAGUAUGCAGCACCAUGGAAACCACGGUGUGUCUAUAGCUCCCCCUCCACUGGAGACCUGCUAGUCGCGAUUUAUAAUACUGAUACAAAGACAGGCCAGGUAAACCGUUACAAUAACACUGGAGAACACAUACAGACCAUACCGCACGACAACACAGGUCAGGGACUGUAUAGUGUACCUACCUACAUCACAGAGAACCGCAAUGGAGAUGUUAUUGUUUCUGAUUAUCACCGUAGUGUUCUAGUGGUGACAGAUCGUGAAGGGAGGCAUCGCUUCUCCUACACAGGACCUCCAUUAAAACCAAAAGAGUCAGGAGUAGAACCACGUGGAAUCUGCACUGACGCGUUGUCACAUAUCCUGGUGUGUGAUGAUAACACUCGAUCAGUACAGAUUAUUGACAAAGAUGGUCACUUCCAGUCACUUACAGAGACAAAACAACACGGGAUAAACGUACCAUGUGGCCUGAGUUAUGACGGCAACACUUCGACACUCUGGGUCGGAUCAGGGAACAACAACACAGUGAACAUUUACAAACUUUCCUAUGGAGGGGAUGAUCUGACUGAUCCAAGCAAUGAUGAUCUAAUCAAAGUUGAUGAGUUAAAAAGGUUUCUCAGGAAGGAGAAGACAACAGUUUCUCAUGCCAGAGGAAUACUUGUUGGAUGUGCUGAAGCUGGAAAAACAACACUACUUAAGCGAUUAAGAGGACAGAGUCAAAAUAUCAGAGAAGAUACAGACUCCACCAGGGGACUUGAAGUCCAUCAACAUCUAUUCCUUGUUAAAGAUGGAGUUUUAGAAGCCCGGAGGACAGGGCUGCUCUAUACAAAUAAGUUAAAAUGUUGGUGUACGGUGAUUGGGUCGGGAGAAGUUAUUCAGCAUUCAAGAAUUUUUUAG